AGAGAAUGUAAGUGAUGGGAGGCUGCUGUUGUAAAAUGGGAUUUAUCACAGGGGGGCCUAAUGAGGCGAUUGUUGUAUCUGGAUGCUUUCAUAGCCGGCCGAAACUAGUGGUUGGUGGUUGGGCUUUUGUUUGUCCAUGCGUGCAGAAGAUACAACGUCUCUCUUUGAAUCUAAUGACCCUUCAGGUGUAUACCCCUCGAGUUUACACUGUGCAUGGUGUACCUCUCUCAGUCACCGGUAUUGCUCAGGUCAAGAUUGCAGCUAACAACGACGACAUGCUCCGAGCUGCAGUGGAACAGUUUAUUGGCAAAACAGACAAAGAAAUAAAAGAAAUUGCCAGAAUAACCCUAGAAGGACAUCAGCGCGCUAUUAUGGGAGCAUUGACAGUUGAUGAGAUAUUUAAGGACAGGAAAAAGUUCUCUGAACAAGUGUUUGAUGUUGCAUCAACAGAUCUAGUUAAUAUGGGAAUACAGGUUAUAUCGUUCACUCUCCGGGAUAUAAAGGAUGAGGAGAGUUAUAUGGAGAGUAUGGGACAGGCAAGAACAAGUGAAGUUCUGAGAGAUGCAAGGAUUGGUGAGGCUGAGUGCACCAGAGAUAGUCUAAUUGAUACAGCACUCUCUGAGGAAUCAAGAAUGGCAGCAAGACUUUUCAAUGAUACUCAAAUUGAGAGAUAUAAAAGAGAUUUCUUGUUGAAAAAGGCCGAGUAUGAUAAAGAAGUUGAAACAGCUAGAGCUGAAGCAGAACUGGCCUAUAGACUUCAGGCAGCAAAGAUCCAGCAACGUAUAGCAGAAGAGACUAAGAAUAUAGAUAUAGUUGAGAGACUAAAACAAAUUGAGAUUCAAGAACAAGAAAUCCUCAGGUACAAUCAUCACUCACACAUUUGUAUUGUUAUGGCAAUUGCAAACAGAACAAAGCUUAUUGAGGAGGCGAAUGCUGAGGCGGAGGCUAUAGCAUUGAAAGGAGAUGCCGAGGCAUUUGCUAUAUCCGUCAAGGGGAAGGCAGAAGCAGAGCAAAUGGCUAAAAAGGCGGAUGCAUACGGAGAGUACAAAAAAGCGGCAAAGAUUGCCAUGUGGAUGGAAGCUUUACCUGGCCUAGCAGCUGAAGUUGCUGCUCCUAUCUCACAAACUAACUCCAUUAAGAUGAUAAUGGACUGUGAGGGUAAGCCUGGGGAGACUGCCGGACCUGCUGCUUUAACAAAAGAGAUAUUAGAAAUUAUGUGUUCGAUCCCAGAGAAAGUAACAGAAGUGUCGGGCCUGCCAAGCUACCUUCUUCAAGAUCUUAAAGUUCAAUAAACUUAAGUCUUAAAUUAAAGGCACUGUCGUUGUUCUUAAAAUUUGAUACAUGUCCGACUUGUGCUGGUGCACUUUUUUGCUGAAGGGCAAACUCCAGAUCGGACAUAACUAUUA